GUGAGAAGAAUCAGAUGCGCCACUACCCACCAGGCCACCACAAAGGCAGCAACCCAACCAAACAGAGCAUAGCAGACCAGAAACUCAACCCAGCAAGUUGCAAGCUCUUUAGUCUCCCUCCUCCAGCUUGAUACCCUCUCGAUCUUGGCUCCAGCUGCAUGGCUUCCUUGCUGCGGUGGAAGGACAAGUACGUGAAGGAGGGCCUCUCCUGCUCCUCCUCGGCCUCCACCUCCGUCGUCGUCGCCUCCGGUCGCGCCAUCGACCGCCACUCCCCGCGCCUCCGGGAUCCUCACCGGCGCCUCCCGCCGUCGCUGCCCAGGCCACCCGGCUCUCCUUAUUACAAUAGUGCUGCCAGUACUACCAAAGAUUCGUCCUCCUCACUUAAGCAGCACAAGCAGCUUCACCACCACCAUGACGACGGCAAAGACAAAAGGAAGAAGAAGAGUAGUGCAGAAGGAGCUGCCGCGGGUGGUGGCGGCUCGUCGACGCCGUCGGAGCACAAGAAAAACAAGAAGAAGCAGGCGGUGGCGCAGCUGCAGCAGGUGAGCCCCGCGAGCUCCUCCAGGUUCCUGCUCAACUCGUCCAGGCUGAUGAUGCAGUCCGACGACGACAUCACCGUCGUGGACUCCAUGCCACCGCUUCCGUCGUCUCUGCGGCCAGCGUUCAUCGAAGACGAAAUUACCGUCGCUGACUCCUUGCCGCCGCUCCCAUCCCCGCGGCCGGCGUUCAUCGACGAGGACAUGUUCCCCGGCCGCGGCGAUGGCACGUCGCGGCCUUUUGUUCCGGCAUGGCCGCAACUCGAGGCGCCGCCCGUGGAAUUAUUCGCAGAGGCUUCUGCGGGUGCGUCAUCUUCCUCCUCUUCCCUGUCGUCUUCAGACACACGAGCCCGUGCCGCCGCCGGCGACAAGACUGCCAUGAUGAGAUCAUGCUCCACGAGAACUGGCCAGCACCAGGUGGUGGUGCUGAGGGUAUCUCUGCACUGCAAGGGGUGCGCUGGCAAGGUGAAGAAGCACAUCUCCAAGAUGGAAGGCGUUAGUUCUUUCGACAUCGAUAUCGCGACGAAGAAGGUGACGGUGGUGGGAGACGUGACGCCGCUGGGCGUGCUCAACAGCAUCUCCAAGGUCAAGAGCGCCCAGUUCUGGCCAGACCAUUCUUUGUCGUCUCUGUCCACUCCGCCGCGUGCCUCCGCCUCCUUCUGAGCCAUGUACUCCCUACAGGUUGUCCAUAUUUUGAAUUGGAAAAUAUUUGUAAAAUCCAAUCAACUUACGAAUAGUAUGAUAAAUGCAUUAUUAACGCCUGAUGAAACUUUUCUGUUUGGAAUAUGUAUUAUGAAUAGUAUGUAAAAUAUUUGGAACAAGAAGUCACAACCAGCCGCCUGAUGUAA